AACAACAAAAAACAAACAAAAACAAAACACACAAAAAAAACCCCAAAAAACCCCAACUUCAAAUAACUAAUUUCGAGUCUUGACAAGGCAAACUUCUGAUUGAUAGCAUGAGAAACGAUCAAUGAAGACAUCAUUAGACAACGCCUACAUUACAUUACACGUCACACCGGAUGUCACAUCCCUUGGUUAUCUCUCUCAGAACCUUCUAGAAAAGGUUUUCGGGAAGAGUGAGAGAGUUGGGACUCAUUGUUCCUGACCACCCCCGCCCGUCCUCCCCUCUCCCCUUUCAGAACAGGAUAAUGCAGGAUGAAGUCAAGUCAUGUGGCGUUUGCCGUCAUCAUCAGCGUUGGCACCGUCGCACUCAUCGUGUUCGACGACAUCCUCCGAAACGCCCUUGGAAAGGCCAAGGACGAAAUGCGGACAAUUCCCAUGGAGUUCUCGUUUGACGAUUCGCCGCUCAAGUGUAAAUACCUCUUCCGUAAUAAUGACAUAGAGAUUGAGCGGGCCAGGGUUCGGAUGUUAAAGGAAACCCGGAUCGGACCAAGUAUUGAUCAUGACGCCUACUCCGUCAUGACACAGAACUGUGCGGAUUUUAAACAGUACCGGAAGUACAUCAUGAACGUCACUCCGGAAGAAGAAGAGUUUCCUAUAGCCUUCAGUGUGUUGAUGUACAGGGACGUGGAACAGUUUGAGCGUCUGUUGCGAGCGGUAUACCGACCUCAUAACCACUACUGCGUGCACGUUGACAGCAAAGCCUCCACGGCUAUGAGGAGGGCAGUUAGCAACAUCGCCAACUGCUUUCCGAACAUGUUUCUCUCGUCGAGGUCGGUGGACGUGCGGUGGGGGGAGUUCUCGGUGCUGGAACCGGAACUCGUGUGCAUCCGGGACCUGCUGAAACACGGCCGGAAGUGGAAGUACUUCAUCAAUCUGACGGGGCAGGAGUUCCCGUUGAAGACGAACUACCAGCUGGUGAAGAUACUCAAAGCAUACAAUGGAGCUAAUGAUGUUUCCGCCACAGUCUCGAGGGUUUUUGAGAAUGCAUAUCGCUGGUGGAUAGCUGGCCCCCCUCCUCUCGACAUCCGACCGGUGAAGGGCGCCGUGCACAUCAUCGCCAACCGCCACUUCGUGGACUACGCCGUUCACCACCCGGUGGCUCAAGACCUCCUGCAGUGGGUGAAGAAGACCAAGGUGCCCGAUGAGACGUUCUUCGCCACCCUCAACCACAACCCACAGCUCCGGAUCCCUGGGUCAUAUCAGGGCGAGCCGGAGACUGACCCGAUAACGAAGCCGUUCCUGGCGCGGUAUAAGGUGUGGGACAAGGGGCUGUUCUUCUUCCUGGACGACUGUCAGGGCAAGUACGUCCACCACAUCUGCAUCUUCGGCGUGGGGGACCUGCACCGCUUCGUGCAAAGGAAGCACCUGUUCGCCAACAAGUUCCAGUUGGACUUUGAGCCAGUGGUGUUGGAUUGUAUGGAGGAAUGGUACUUCAACAUGACGCGCGACGAGAGUCUCGGGAAGUUGGACUUUGAUGACCGUUACUAUAGAAACCUGGGGUUUGUGAAGAACCAGGUGCCCAUGUCUCCGUCAAGCUACAGAGCUGUGCUGUAGCUGCUGAGGCGUUGUCGUGCCCAUCCUGUAGUCGGAGUAGUGUUGAUGAAUACAGACACAGAGCUACAGAUAAGCAGCGUAUUUACGUAAAAUACCCCCC